AAGGUCAGUUUAGUGCGCUUACUACAAAUCGUAUGCUGGAUUCGCUUACUAACGCUUUCGCAGAUGAUCCUUUAUGGGGGUUACACACAUGAUUUUAGUGAUUAUGUAACGGCGUUUCCUCUGUGGUAAGAUGUAAACUGUGGAUUGACGCGGAUCGUGAAUCAUUCAAGGUUGACAGGGUUGUUGGCACCAUGGAAUGUUGACAUCGGUUGGCAAUAUCACAACCGCAUUUUGUGUAGUUAUAUUUGGGAGUUGCGCAUAUCGUGGUAGUUAUCUUUGGAUUGUAGCAUGUGCAGUGUGCGAGCAAGAUUGCAGCAAAGUGUGACAUUUAUUUUGUUGUAUGCGGUAGUUUAUGAAUCUUUGUGUAACGUGUUAUCUUGUUGGUACAGAAUUCCAGUUUAGUUUUCUGUCAUCUAUGUACAAGUUCGUUAUGUAUUUCUUGGAUAACAUUAUUUCACAGGCAGUUAUGAGACUGUUGGAAAUGAAAGGGUUGUAUAUUGCCUUAAUAGUAAUUAUUUGUGGUUUGGGUGUCAUCUUUUUGGCGAUUCCAGAUGUAAUGGAAAGUGACUUGUGGUUUGUAGCAGUUUUGGAUUUAUUAGCUAAUUGGGUGUUGGUAUGGGAACUGACAAGUUUUUACCAUUUUAUUGAAGCUUUAAGACACAAAAACAUGUUGGGUAUGGAGGUAGCUACACUUCAUAUAUGAUUUUUGAAAGGUACUGACAUUUGUUUGAUGAGACUAUGUAUAGUGUUAUGUAGCUUGUUAAAGAACGUACUGUGAUAUAGUUGUCAAUAUGGUUAAGACAGAAUCCUUUCAUAACUGUAGUAGAAUUUCAGUCCAGUGCAGUGUUAAAAACUUGGUUUCAUAUUCAAGAAGUACAAUCAAGAUGGAGUGUGGCAGUAUGUGUAGUAUAGAUUCGGAUUCAAGAAAUAGUGCUUUACAUUUUUUAAAGUCUGUUGCCAUGAAUGCAGAUAUUGCUCAAUCUGCCCAAGAAGAGGUACAACACUUUAUGCAUGUCGAUUCUUCUAAAAACAGUAGAUUGUCUGCAGCUAGCACAACAGAUAUAACGUAUUCAGAAGAACUCAAGCCAAAUCCACCAGCCGAAUAUAAUUUGUCAAAUGUUUAUUGUGCUGGUUCAUCUGUUUCUCAUAUAUUACCUUCUGAAGAAGGUAAUAUAAUAUCUGCUGUUGUUCUUUCAAAGUGGGAUGAUAUUGUGGGUCCACAGACAGUUUAUGUUUGGUUAAAAAAUAAAGUAGACAUGAUAAAUGUGGACACAAGAAGAACAGUGGGCCACAGUCUGAUCAGAAACUUGUGCAUAGCAAAGUCUGUGAAGUAUGUAACAACUCACACAGUGAAUUACACUGGUUUAAACUUAGUAAUGUCACCAAGCUGUAGUGAUGCUACUGUGAAUCCAGUGGAAAGAAACAGUGGUAUAUUUAUUGUUCCAGAAUUAGAUCUUAUAGCACAGUCUCUAAUAUUCCAGUUACAAAACCAUGAAUUGAAUGUUCCAUAUUCUCUUGCUGUGAUCGUGAGCUAUCAGCACUAUAGCUAUUAUCUGCACCUUCGCCAACUAUUUCAGCUCUGGCUUCAACGUACAGCUGCUCGAUUGCGUAUGAUUCUGCAGAAGAGUUUGUCUUCCAAUUCUGCGUUUGAAAAUAGUGAUCAAGUAAAUGACUGGAUGAUUGAUAUGUGCUAUAUGAUGUUAUCAUUGAAGUCAUAUGGCCUUACUCCAGCAACUCAUGUUGAGUCAUAUCAUGUGUUGAAUAAUCUGUUAUUGGAGAGAGUCCUCACCUCACAUCUGCAGACAUUUGGUUGUACUGUUGUUAUGGGAACAUCUUCUGAAGACAUUAAUUCUUUAAUUUCUUUCUUGGCUCUCUUCCUCGACACAGAUGAACUGCAUUGUUCACGGUUUGUGCUUCCUCCUGAGAACUGUUUUUUCCACGCUGGUCUCUUCUUACAGGGACUGCUCCUGAAUGAGUAUGGUUGUCGAGAACUGUGCUCCACAGAGUUAGCUGCAAACCCAUAUCCUGUAACUGCAGUGGAUCUGACACGAGGCAUUCAUGCGGCAGCAGUAAAACAAACUCCGCUCCACCAUCGUAGAUGGCAGGUGCCUCAGAGGGAAUACCAUCAGUUUCAUGAUGAAGGGCAGGUUCAAGAACCAGGGCCAGAACAUUCGCUGCACGAAAGUGUGUUCCAUCCUGUGAAAGAGGGGGCACAUCUUGUGUGUGGUUUUCUGGAGGACAUGAGGCAUCUCCCAUCAAGUCUCUGGUCGACAUACAUACAGCUGUUCAAGCAAAAACUAAAUUCCUUAGCCUUUAGUCUUCUUAAUCUUGUUUGUUGGAUGAGAAAUGACUGUGCAAAACGUCAACACCGCAGAUACCUAGCACAGGUCCUGGAUCUGGAGGAACCUGACCUCCUCAUCGUACUGGCUGUUGCAGAAAAACUGCAGCCUGGUGUGUAUGCCUACGUCAUGAGUGAGAGUUCGGUUGUUAGGUGAAUUUUUUAGACUGUGAGCAUUGACGGACAUAGUUCAGCAGUUUAACCUCUAGUAUCAGGACUCACAGUUCUCUUAUUUUGGCACUACACAAUCUCAGGAGGAGGAAGCUGUUCAGAAUUUUAAAAUGUAACAUUCACAAAAGAUGUUUUAGGUAUGUCAUUGGAUCGAGAAACUUUUGGCUGUUCCGUCACUUUUUUUGUUCAUAUUCCACAUGUCAGUUGUGGUUCUGUAUAAUUUUUGGGUUUAUAACUUUACCAUGCUCAGUAAAUAAUUCAUUACUUACUGGAGGAUUACAUAUAUUUGUCACUGUUUGUGUCUCUCCAGACCAUCGCCUCAUCUUGUCGUCAGCCUAGUUUUGUCAUUUGUUCAAUGAUAGCUGAUCCUGUUGCUUAACCUAUAACCUUUCUGUUAGGACUUGCAAUAUUGAAUUUUCUCUUUUGUCAAGUAAGUUAGAUGAGCAAAAAUGUUGUCAAUAUGCAGCUUAUGUAGCCCAUGAUCUUUCAUCUUUCUUGUUGUGUUUUUUACAUUAGCAUGUGUUGUUGCUAUAUUUGCAGUUACACAUGUCAUAUUCUUCAUAAACAGAUUUUAAGUUUUGUGUAUAGCCAGAAACGUUACGUAAUUUGUACAUUUUUCUUGCAAGACGUCUGUUUUUCUUAGUGAUGUAUUGCAUUCUAAAAGUAGUUUAUCUUUUUCCACAGCCAUAUGUUCAGAAGGGCAUAAUAUUUUAGAUAGGCAAGUAAAAAAUAUGUAGAUUAUAUAAUGUAUAAUAGUUUGGAUCAUUUUUGUUAACGGAAUUGUCGUUCUUGAAAAGUGUAGACAUGGGAAGAUGUGAAGAAAUCUGUUGCUUCGAACCAUAUUGCCAUAGAAAUGCGUAACAAACUGGAGCUAAAAAUGUAAUAAAUGCACUUUAUUCUCUGCUUUGGAAGCUAUUAAGGUAUUUAAAUAAGACUCUUGGCUCUCACACCUGGUGUUUAAAAAGCCAUACAUUAAAGGUUAAUAUUAAUUUAAUUACAUACAGUGUGUUCAACUUAAAUUGCAACCCUAAUUACAACAAUAUUUGUGAGCUUUGUUGACCUGAGUACAAGGAAACAGAGAGUUGUUUCUUAGUUUUUAGUUGUCAAGAACGUAGCAGAACAGCUUUACAGCAGAUGUUCCUUGUCAGGAUAUGCAUUCUUAAGUGCUUCACAAACAACAGCAAACAAUUUCAGUUCAAAGUAAUAUUUGAGAGCAGACACACAUUUUGCUUGUGAAUUCACCAUGUUUGAACCUGCACAGCAUUUGUAAGACUGGCAUGAGCAGUGGCCUAGCAAUUAGGUUGACCUUGACUCGAAUGUUACAAGGAACUUGGGAGAGAGUGUCACAUUUCAUUUUUGUGCCAUAGCACACGACUGUUGUUGGGUUGCAUAUUAAAUUGUACACUCUGUACAGUAUUAUAAAUGACAAAGACAUGCUCGAGUUACACUUGUAAGCAGUUGACACAUAUUAGGGUAUUUGUAGAUAUUUAUAGAGGGUGUAUGAUUUAUGUUUUAUUUUAAAAGAUUUGUUUUUAGGUGCAUAGCACUGUACAGUAAAAUCUUAGUAUAAUAAACACCAGUAUAAUGAGCCAAUAAGGGAUAAUUUACGUAACCACGUAAAUGAUUGAUAGUGCCCGAAUUUAUAACCUGUGUUGGGCAAGGCCGUGGUCUAGGCAACACGGAGUUUUCCUCCGGGGGCUUCCCCGGUUUCUCCAUGGCAUCCCAACAA